AUGGAAGGGCUAAAGGCGAAGCUGGUUCCUCUGCCCAAGUACAUGGAGCGUCUGGGAGGAGGUGAUGACAAUGAGCUGGCGAGUUGUGGCGUGGUGGACGAGGUUCUUGUCGAUCACAUCUUGGCUUUCUACCUGCGCCUCGAGACUGGAGGAGCCAUCGACGAAGCCGCUACCGCCAUCGCGCGACCACCGCCUCCCCCGAGUAGCGACGAGUUCGUCGAAGGCGAGCCCGAAGGCUACACCCUGCGCGUAGUGGCUCCAGUCCCUUCCCAGGGCCAGCCUGGGCGGGUCGAAGUCACGGGCCGCACGUGCCGUGGCGCGUUCUACGGCGCGCAGACCCUCGUGCAGCUCCUACGCGCCUUCAACUGGGGCGGCGCAGCCGACACCUCCCGCGGCUCGACAAGGCAGCUGCGUCUGCCCCUCGUGAGCAUCGCUGACCAGCCCGACUUUGCCGCCCGUGGCGUCAUGCUCGACGUGUCCCGAGACAAGGUGCCGACGGUGGAGACGGUGAAGAGGCUGGUGGACGAGCUGGCCUCGUUGAAGGUGAACCAGCUGCAGCUCUACGUCGAGCACACCUUUGCCUACCCCGGCCACGAGCAGGUGUGGCGCGACGCUUCGCCAUUCACCGCCGAGGACAUAUUGGAACUGGACGCGUACUGCAGGGAACGCUUCGUGGAGCUGGUGCCCAACCAGAACAGCUUCGGACACUUCCACAGGUGGCUCAAGCACCCGGCCUACCGCAAGUACGCCGAGGUCCCCGAGGGCAACCUCCAUCCGUUCCUGGCGGUGGGCGAUGAAAACGAGAAGGAGCCCUUUGGCCUGGCGCCCGAUGACCAAUCGAUUGCGCUGCUCGACGAACUCUACGCCGCGUUUCUUCCCAACUUCUCCAGCAGACAGUUCAACGUCGGUUGCGACGAAACGUUCGAUCUCGGUCAGGGUCGGUCGAAGCAGCUGUGCGAGGAGAAGGGCGUUCAAACGAUCUACAUCGAUUUCCUCAACAGGGUCAACGAACUCGUCUCCAAGAAGUAUCGAAAGAAGAUGCAGUACUGGGGCGACAUCGUUCUCCAGCAACCGGACCUCAUUCACACCCUCCCCAAGGACGCGAUCGCGCUCAUCUGGGGCUACGAGGCCUCGCACCCCUUUGCCGAGCAGUGCAAGGCGUUUGCUGCGCUGAAGGAGAUUCCGUUCUACGUGUGCCCCGGCACGUCGUCGUGGAACACUGUCGUUGGGCGCACCGACAACGCCAUCGCCAACCUCGUCAACGCAGCGCACCACGGCCGUGAGAACGGGGCGGUGGGGUACCUGAUCACCGACUGGGGCGACAACGGGCACUGGCAGACCUUGCCCUUCUCGUACCUGGGAUUCCUGGCUGGUGCCGGCCUCGCCUGGAAUGCCGAAGCCAACGACGUGAGAUCGUAUCUGUCGCGUGAGCACCUGGCCUCUCGGCUGAACAUGCACGUGUUCCACGACACCGCCGACCUCCUCGGCGGAGUUGUGUACGAUCUCGGCUGUCUCUACACCGUCACCGGCGGCGAGCCGCAGUGCAACGACUCGUGUAUCUUCAAGUUCCUGCAAAACCCAAGCGAGGACAACCGGAGGGGCAUCACCGUGGCCAGCGCCGAAGCGGCCCACGAACGAAUCGUGGCGGCGCUGGCGGGGCUCAGGAAAGCCCACGCGGGUAGAGACGACGCUCAGCUCGUCCUCGACGAGAUCGCGCAUGGUGCGGCGAUGGCCGACGUGAGCUGUCGCGCGAUGGCGCUCAGCCUGCGGGAACCGGCACAGGCGCCAGGCGCCAGCGAAGAGUGGCGCGAGUUGCAGGAGGCGUGGGCCGCCUGCAAGCACCAACACGAGGCCAUCUGGCUUCGCCGCAACCGGCCCGGCGGACUGGUCGACAGCCUCAAGCGCUUCACCCCCCUCGCCCGCUUCCUCGCCACCAACACCCAGCCAACCUAA